CUUAUAUUGUAUUUGUCAAAUUGAAGCUGCUUCCAAACAAGAUAAAUUUAUCAACUACCUUUUUACAUACAUGCAUGCUAAUACAUAUGCUUUGAAAUGACGAUUGAGAAAUGAACAAUUCUCGAUUUGAAACAAGUCGAUAACAACUCGAUCGGUGAGAACAAUCAAAAGGCAUCUCAAAUCGGUGGAUUUUAAGUCGGGGUUGGGGUCGGGUUCGGGGUCGGAGUCAAGUUCCUUGCUUGCGACGUGCGCCGUAACCGUUGCGCCGUGUAACCUUCUGUCAGCCGUCGUCGGCAGAGAGCGAGUACUCAGUGAUUAGAGGAAAGAUGGCUACGAACUUUGGCGUAGAGUGCCAGUACUUUUACGAAGAUGUUGUCUAUCGUGUGGAUAAGAAAGGAAACGUUGUGUUUGGAAUCGUUAUGGAAAAUGACGAUCAGGAUUUAUCCGAAGAAAGUUCUGACAGCGAAGAGAGCCCGAAAAGAAAAAAGGGCGAGAUUCGCGUGGUCUGGCAUCCCUCCGGUGUCGAGGAAUUGGUCAGCUCAAAGAAGGUACAUUUAGCAGACAGAACACUUAUGCCAGGAGAUGUUGUACGUCGAAUGAUUAAAGGAAAGGAUACACAAAGAGGAUAUUGUAGAGAUAUUGAGCUUACUGCCUGUGUUCAAGUGAUUGGUACUAAACAAGUCCUUACCAAUAUUAGGAGUGAAGAUUUAGUUCCUUUGGAAGAAUUUGCAACAGAUAUAGCUGUCUGUAUGGAUUCAUGGGUUGGUGGUAUAAAAAUGGCAAAUUUUAAAUUAUGGCUUACUACACCUGAUGGAUCUCGUUGUGUUAUAAAUGAAACAGAUUCUCGUGUCUUAGGACAAUUAGAGGAGAGACGUGACAAUGACAAUGAUUUUCCUCAUUCUUCUGAAUUUUAUCCUGGUCAAAGUUUAUGGGGACCAGUUCACUGCCUAGAGGAUGCACAAUGGAUUACAUGUACAAAAGAAAUGAAAGCAAAGAGAAAAUCUAAGCCACAGAAAUUAACAAAAGUAAUUGUAGAAAAGGUAGAAACAGAUUGGGUAGGAGUGCAUUGGCAGUGUAGAGCAUAUUCAAAGGAUGGUGCUUGGUCAGAUCAAGCUCAGCCAAAAUUUGUAGUUCAAGGAGAAAAUUUGAAAAAAUUAAAAUUAUUGAAUGUUUUUGAACCAUCUACUGUGCAAGUAGGGGAUCGAAAUUUUUAUGUGAUUAAAGGUGAUGAAAAUGUCAUUACAAGAGAACAAUGGAGAAAGCAACAAAGAGACAUUUUUCAAGUUCCUAAACAUAGUCCAAAGAAAACACGUCCAAAUAUCAGUGUUACAAAACCAGCUGAAGAUAAAAAGAAGGAAAAAGAUAAAGAUAAAGUUAAUGAACAACAAACAGAAGAAAAUGCUCACAAUAAUAUUAAUAAUUUACAAAAUAUAACAAGCAAUAAUACCUUAAUGCCUCCAGUACAAAAUCAGAAUACUGAAAGUUCAGAUGAUUGGGAUACAGAAGAUACUGGAUCGCAAAGCGAUAGUGCUUCAGUAUCUAGUGGAUGUUCCAGUAUGUCAUCUAUGGGUAAAAAGAAAAAGGGUCCAGCUUUAAUGACAAAGGUAUUAAAAAAGAAGAAACUUUGUAAAGCAAGAAAAAAAGUUCCACCAGUUCCACUAAUUGCAGGAACUAAAAUUGUUGUUGAAACAUUAUCUACAAGUACAAAAGCUAAUGUUGUAUGGCAAGAUGGUUCAGUAGAAUUUGGUAUUCCAUCAACACAACUUUAUCCAAUUCAUCAUUUAGAUGAUAAAGAAUUCUUCCCAGGUGAUUUUGUAGUUGAUCAAAAAGAAGAAUCUAGAAUGUAUGGUGUAGUUCAAAGUGUUGACCAUCAAGGUAGAACAGCUAAAAUAAAAUGGUUUAAAACAUACACUUCUACUCAAAGUCCUCAACCAACUUUACUAGAAGAACGUGAAGUUAGUGUAUAUGAUUUAAAAGAUCAUCCAGACUUUCAAUAUAGACCAGGUACAUUAGUAAUUCGAAUAGCUAAUUUUGAAGGUGAAGAUGCUGGUUGUACUGCUGGUCAAGUUCUAGAUAAUUAUCCAGAAGGACGAGUUAAAGUGUGGUGGGUUGAUGGACAUGUAAGUAUGUGUUGGCCUCAAGAUUUGUAUAAAGUAGGUGAAUAUGAUAGUGACGAAGGAGAACUAUGGGACGAUGUAUCGUCUGACGCAUCAUGGGAAACAGAAUUGGAAGACUGCUUUAUCGCUGAUACAGAUGGUACAGAACAAACAGAAUUAGAAAAUAUAAAACCAAAACUGGCCGCACACAUCGAAAAAGCUCGCAUUGCAAUGUCUAGAUUAGAAGAAAUUUUUACUCAAAAUCCUUCACUUCAAACAACUGAAGUUAUGAGAAAAUUAUUAGAAGUUUAUAAAGAUUGUCGAUACAUGGAUAAACUUAUGGGAACUUCUUUCUUUCACGAAUGUCAUUUUCAAGGACUUCUGGAAAGAGUCCGAGAACGUGGUCGAGCAAAUGUAGCACAACGUAUGGCGGAUCAAGUAACAAGAUUAUUUACACAUAAAUCUGAUGGAUCGGAAGAAAAUAUAGAUAAAAACAGUACAGAAAAUUCUAAUAAUAUUGUACAAUCAGGAAGUAAUCUUUGUGAAAAAAUUAUUACUACUGUAACAGACAUGACAGAAUCUACGGAAAAUAAAAAUGACGAAAUUACCAAUAAAAAAAAUAUAAAAGAUGAAGAAUCAAUUGAUCGUUUAUUUAUUAACGUUAAUCCUAAUCCUGAGGAUUCUGGAUUAUAUUCUGCAGAAAAUUCAAAGAAAGAAUCGGGUUCUAGUGAAUCAAGUGGGGAAUUUCUACUUAGCGAGGAUGUAAAUAAUGUACCUGAUCGUUCAGUAGAAAAAUCAGAAACAAGUAAAAUUUCCAAGUCUCAAAUGCAUAUAACAAGUUCUCACGUAGCUAGUUCUCAAGUUUGUGUUAAAUUAUGUACUCUAAUAAAAGCACAACUCGUAUUGGCGCAUGCAGAAGUUUCUAGACGAUUCGGAUUAUCUAAGAUGUCAUUAUCUGAUGCAGAAAAGGGAUCAUCACCUUUGAAGAAACAAAAGAAAGAAGAAGAAAAACGUAUAGAAUUGUUACAAGAACCAUCAGAAUGUUCCAUAGAAAUCCCACCACCAGUAUAUGCAGAAGGGGAAGGAUUUUCUAUAGAAGAGACUGCACCAGAUAGUCAUAAAUUUAAAUUAACAAUGUUUCAGCCUACGGAUCCUACAAACUUUUUCAGAACUGUUUCUAAAGAAUUAAAGCUUUUGAAGAGUUCUCUUCCACCUGGUAUAUGGGUAAAAGGAUUUGAAGAUAGAAUAGACUUGUAUUCUGUAAUGUUUCGUGGACCUGAGAAAACACCAUAUGAAGAUGGUCUUUUUCUUUUUGAUUUUCAAUUAUCCGCUGAUUAUCCUGCUGCUCCACCACUUUGCCAUUAUAUUUCUUAUUGUAAUGAUAGGUUAAAUCCUAAUCUAUAUGAAGAUGGUAAAGUAUGUGUAAGUUUACUCGGAACUUGGUCUGGUCGUGGAACAGAAGUAUGGACAAGUUCUUCAACUCUAUUGCAAGUUAUAGUCUCAAUUCAAGGCCUUAUUCUCGUACCCGAACCAUAUUUUAAUGAAGCUGGAUUUGACAAACAAAAAGGUUCUCAACAAGGAAAAGAAAAUUCAAGAAUGUAUAAUGAAAUGGUUGUAUUGAAAUUGGUUCAAGCUCAAACUAAAUUAUUACAACAUCCACCUCCUGUAUUUAAAGAUAUUAUCAUUGAACAUUUCAAGAGACAUGCAAAAAAAUUACUGCAACGUUUAGAAUUGUGGAUGGAAAUUUCUGAACAACAUAAUAAUCAACAUCCAUUAUCUCCAGUAACACCUACUACUUUUAAACAAAUAUCCGAUGUUGAUAACAAAAUUUUACCAGAAUUUCCAUUAAUACCAGCGUCCAGAGGUUUCUGUAUAACACUCCGUAAAACUUUAGCUACAUUCAAAGAAGUAUUAAUUAAUGAAAAUAUUAUAGAAAGAAACAGCGAUAUACAUGGUUGCGAAAAUUUGAAAGAACAAACAAAGAAUGAGAAUUAUGAAGCAAAUAAAAUUGCUGAUAAUAAUAUAGUGGAACAUAGUAGUAAAAAAAGAAAUGAAGAAAACUGCAAAUUAACUCCAAACGGUAAUCUAUCGAAGGACCGUAUUUCAUCUUCCUCGACGAAUAUUUGUUCUACGCCAUUAAGUGAAACGAAGAAAACUACGUCGGAUCAUACUAUCAGCUAGCCACAAGGUAAACUUAAAUUUAAAUCUAAAAAUUUAGUUCGUAAAAGAUAUAAAAGAUAAUUAUUCGGUAAUACAACAAUUUAUUAUAUAUAUACAAUAUAUGUAUAUAUAUAUACAAUAUAUGUAUGUAUAUACAUAUAUUGUAUAUAUAUAUAUACAUAUGUACAUGUAUUAAAGAUAUGUUCAAUGAUGUUCGCGGUAUCUAUUUAUUAAUAUGAACACCACUAUUAAUCAGCGAUAACUUUUAACAGAAAUGCCGCUGUCAUUGCUCCGCAGCUAGAGAUACGUAACGUAAUAAAUGCGAUCAGAUAGGCACGUAUGAGCAAAUAAGAACUUGUUCUUGUAUACAAUUUCGUAAAUUUCUGAAAUAUAUAAAACUUAAUUUAUGUGAUGUUAUAUAGAAUAUAUAAUAAUAAAAACAUAUUAUAUAUAAUAUAUAAUAUUAUAAUAUUUAUGAAUAUAAAAUUAAUAUUUGGCCACGGGAUAAAAAUAUAUACGGAAUAUCUUACAUAUAUUUAAUUCUCUAAUUCUGCAAUGAAAAUAGAAUAGCGUUUUUGCAAACGCAAUAAUAAACUUGACUGAAUUAUUAAAAAAAGGAAACACGAAGAGAGAAAAUAAUUUCAAGUAUAUAUAAUAAACGAAAAAACAUUGUCACUUUAUAAAAAGUGAGAGUAAGAAUUAAAAUGGAAAAUAAAGUAAUCAGUAGCAAUACGUUGAGCCAACAUAAGAACACUUCGCAAUAGAGUUUAAGAAAUACGAUAAUAAUAGUUAUUAAUUCUAAAUGCAUUUCAAUGAGUAUUCUUCGAGUAAUUCGAAUAAUAACGUCAACUAACUUAUAAACAAAAAUUCAUUAAAAUAUUCUCAAUUAUCUUAAAAACCAUUAUGCCAUCCAAUAAUACAAUAUUUCAAAUGAAAUUACGAAAUGAUUUUGAUUGCAUAUAGGUUGUAGCUUAGGCACAAAAGAUUCGUAUUUAGAUGAAAAACCUAUGACAACUAAUGUCCAAUGUUAUAGACACUUCUAAUGUAGGUAAAUUAUAGAAAAUUAUUAAACGUUCUAUUAUCUACAGUAAAAAAUUUUUCUUUAUCGGUAAUUUGUUUCGUAUAUUUAUAGAAAAAAUUGUCUUCGCGAAUUUUUUUUUUUUUUCUUUUUUGUUUUUUUUUUUUUUUUUUUUUUUUUUGAUAUGUCAUAAGUAAUUCAAUAAUAAAAUAUUUAACAUUGUUAUGAAUAAUUGCGGAGAAUAUUAGUACUUAUAUGAUGUAAGUCUUUUACAGUAUUAUUUAUAUUUAUUUUUGUUUAAUUCUAUAUUCCUUCAAUGUAAUAUAGAACAUGCUUGUUUAUUACGUAUUUCCGUAAAUUUUAAAAUGAAUGCAUACAACUGGAAAUACGAAAUUUAAUAUCCAUGAAAUGGAAUUAUGCAUUCUGAAAAGGUAUAUUGCACGCAACGAAGUAAUCGAAGAACGAUCAACGUGUUAAGAAUAAUAACAUAUAUUUAUUUUCUUAUACUCGAUAUUAUGUUAUAAGAUCUUGUUUUAUUUAUAUUAUUAUGUUUUAUUUAUUUUUCGUAGUAAGAAAAAUCCAAAAAUGUGUGUAGAAUUUAAAAUAAUUAUUUGUGUAUAACUGCCGUAUUAUUUUGUUGAAUGAGUAAAAUUUAAUUGAAAAAUUUGUUUUUAAGUAUGAUUUACUUCCUAGUUCAUUUGUAAAUUUAUAUAUUGCAUUUUUUUUCCUUUAUUUCUAUAUUUAUAUUUAUAUAUCAAUAAAUGAAUAAUUUUUGUUACUAGGUAAUGUUUAACUCUAUUAACUAAUUAUCUGGCAAUAUAAAUUAAUACAUUUUAUUGAUUGUUCAAAUAAUCAUUUCUUUGUGAUAUUUUUACGGUACCGGAUAUGUACAGUAUAUGCGCGACUUAAAACAUUAAUGCACAAAUUCAUAUUCUACAGUCGUGCGAAAGUAUAAUUAGUUUUGGAAAAAGUCGAGUUUACGUGUUAAUACAUCAUAUACGUUUCAUAUAUAUAUAUAUAUAUAUAUAUAUUUAACGAUUUAUUUUUUCGUGAAAUAUUUGUGAAAUAUAUUAAUAGCACGGAAUUUGCGUGUUAAUGAAGAAUAUGCGAUCACAUAGUACUGUACAUGUCGAAGUGUAUCUCUUCUGCAAUAAAUCAGCAGAUUUGAUAUUCUUCGACCAUAUUGCAGUGUCGUCAAGCAAUUGCCUUAAAGUGCGGCGACUUUGGAAUUCUUGCGCCAACAGGGUGCACUUGAGACGGGUACAGAGGCGAGAAAAUAAAAAAAAAAAGAAAACGUAUACUUUACGCGAAGGUUUUCUUGAAAUUAUAUGGUGCUGAAUACAUAAAAAAAUAUGAGAGGAAAAAGAUCACAAUGAUACCAGGGAAACUACACUUUCUAGAAAAUAAAAAAUGGGAGAGAGAAUGUAUUAAGUAAAAAGAUAGCUAAACUAGAUGAAGAAAAGAACUGGAAGGAAAGAAACGAUGCGAGUAUUGCCGUUUAAGGCAGAAAGGAGCUUGUUAUUGUGAAACGUGAUGUUUUUGGAAAGCCUUGUAUAUGUGCCAGCUAUUUCAAUUUACAUUUUGAUGGUAAUUAUAUUCGUAAGUUGCAUAGAGCUUUAUUUUCGCCGUAAAUUAAUUUAAUAUUAUAUAAAAAAGAAAAAAAAAACAAAUGCAAUAUAUUUAAUUAUUCGAGUCAGCAUAUAAAACGUCGAUACCAACAUUUUAAAUGCUGUUUCGAUAUCAUGAUCCUUUGAAACGCUUCUAUAAAAUAUAUUGUACCACUUAUUUUAUAAAUUUAAUUUAUAGAAUACUAUUAAAGAUAAAAUUUAAUUAAAUUUUAGAUAUUUAAAAUAAAUAUUUCAAAGGAUUAAUAAACAAUUAUAUCAAAUAUCAUUAAGAUGUUCAUUUUAAUUAUAUAAUAUUUGUUAUUUGAUAUUAUAUCCAAUUUUAUGUCAUUUUAUUUCAUAUAUUAUUAGGGAAAGGAUAGUUCUUUCAUUUCAUAUUUAAUUGAAGAUUUUUUCACGUUGGUAUCGGCUAAUCUAAUAUUACAACGAUCUUGUAAUGAGUUAAUACUUGUAACUCAGUUUCCUUGAUUUCUAUUUAAUAAAAUAUCAGUAUGCAAUUAAAAAA